AUGUUUGUUUUCUACCUUUCGUCCGUCGGGGCGCCAAUGCUUACUGCUCCGGUGGCUUCGCCCUUGCUACUUUCCAACUAG